AUGGCGGUCAUAGCAGAGCGAGCCUGUCAGAGCGAGCUGGGCCAGGGACAAAUGGAGGUCGAUCUGGAAAAGGCUCCCAAUAGUAAUCUGCUCCACAGCGAAUGGGAACCGAUAGAUCGGAUGGAGAGCUCUAGGAACCAGCCGCUGGGCGAGAGUUCGAUUGGGGCGGCCGUUGUGAUGUGUAACAUCGAACCUUUCGCGGCAUCCACGAACCGUGGAACUGGGCUGAAGAAGAUUCAAUGGUCCAGGAAGCGGGAACCGCCUAUCGGGGGAGAAUGGGCGACUUACUGCGAGGUCGGGUGCUGGUAA